CAACUAAUUGUGUUCAGACCCUGUUAGAUAAACACUCAUUCUGGUGAAUUUCCAUCUGUGUGUGAGAGCAGACAACCAUGCGGACUAUCCAUUUAGAAUUUGUUGUAUACAUCUAUGUUUGCUGCCUGUCGGUUUGGGUGUUGAAGCAGGGCUACGAUGGAGGAUGCUGGGAAAUCAGUUUAUUAUUCUUAACUAAUAAGAGACGGCCGCCCCACACAGAUCAGACAUUAUGUCACACAAACACAUGCAGAGGAAGUGCCACCUCGCUGGCAGCAGGGCUCCUGUUCGGCCUGCUGGCUGCUCUGGGCGCUUAUCGCACGUCUCAGAACCCCAGGAAUGUGCUGGUUUCCUUCGGUGCAGCGGGAACGCUGGCUGUGGUGAUGGGACUGAGAUUCCUCAGCUCAGGGAAGUUCAUGCCAGCUGGAUUCAUGACCUUAACCAGUGGACUCAUGCUGGUGAAGAUUGUUUUUGGAGUAUUGAAGAGAAGCUCGCAUUCAACUUGAGCUUUAGCCGUUCGGCCUGUCAGUGUCAGUUUUUGUUGAGUUUUCUCCAGAUUUAUUCAGUCAAGCAGCCCUACCAUCAACAUAAAAACACAAAUACUUGAAUACAAAUCAAAGGAAACUUUGUUCCGCUUAAACAAACGCCUUUUGCUUUUGAACUCAUGAGACUGAGUCGAUCUAAACUGUUUUAUCUACACAAAUCAGGGCCUAUAGGGCAAUAAACAUAACCACUGACCGACCUUCAUGGUGGGGUAGCUGGACUUUAAACCGGCAACCCUCAGGCCAAAGGCUCAUGCCUCAAAUAACAGGAAGAAAGGCUAAAAGAAAGGGCAAAUUCUGCAAGUGGAUUUCACACUACUGCUCUCAAACUGUUGUUUGGAUUUUUUUUUAAAUAACCGAGCUGCAGUUACAGACUCCGACCAGUGGGGGGUAGCCUGCUUACGAUACUCAUGUCCAUCCUGCGCUGAACUGGUCUGUUCUGUUCUGCACCUCCUCCUCCUCCUCAGAAGGAUGGAGGUGUUGGUCUGUCUGAGAACAGCACACAGAACAAUCAAAUAUAUCCAACCAUCUCGAUCCCGCUGCAGCACUUCCGAGCUUUGCCUCCACUGGAUUCCUCAGCAUCAUUGUCAUCUGGGUGACAGCUAUUCCUCAGUGGAAACCGGGUCACGUGGGUCACAUCUGACCUCAGCAGGUCUGAAAGGAAAGAAGUAUUUUUCAGUGGUUUGGUGAAAUGAAAACCUCACCUGCAGGCCGACGGAGACAUUUAAGGUUUAAAACGUCCCCCAAAUACCUGAGAGGACUGAAGCAAGACUGUCAAAUAAGAGACUAAAAACCUCCUGCAGAAAAGAAUCCAUCCGUUGGAUGCCUGAUGGAUGGAGCUGCUGGAUGCUGGACAUGUCAACCACCUGAGAACAUGGAGUUUAAUGUUCAAUUUCCAGCUUCUUGGCAUAUUUAAAGUCACUCAACAAAAAGUUUUGAUGCACUGGCAUUCUCUUUGGUUUGUCCAUUUACAAUAAAAUGUUAAAACUGUGA